CUCUGGGCCAGGGGCGUCUCUGCGUGCUGCUCUGUCUUUUGACACAUGAGUCUCAGGCUGUAGGUAAUUCGAGUACGGGGCUGGGAUGUGAUGUGUGUAUGUUUCUAGGGGCUUGCUUGUGUGACUUUCGGUGUGUGUUUGGGGCACACAUACACGGAAUAGUCCCUUAGCUACGGGACUGCCCAGGGUGGAGCCGCUGUGCAUUUACGGUGGACCGGGGUGUGCACCCAUGUGGGGAGUAGUGACCCAGCUGCCUGUGAGGGCCCUGGGCCUGGGGGUGCAUGUGUGGGGUCUCUACCUCCACCUGCUAUCCCUGGGGCUGCGGGCUUUCCUGCUUUGCAUCCUUGUGCUUCUCCGAGAGCUGUGUGUGUGUGCGCUGGAGGCAGGCAGGGCUGUGUUCACGGCGGCUCGCUCUGUGGCCCUCAUGGCCCAUGCCUGUAGUGUCUACAUCUUCCUUCAGGGGGUUGCCUGCACUGCCCAGCUGGUGGGGAGCUGGGUGACACUGCCCAUAUGGCUCUACUGUGCCUUGCUGGAGACCCUCAGAUGCGUUCCUUUACUCCCGCUGUGUGAGGAGGUGGCCGGGUGGCUGGUGUGGGCCGGCAUGCAGGCUGGCAGAGGCCUGGCUCAGGUGUGGGGUGUGGCGACCUUUGUGCAGCUGUGUGCUCACACGGUCUUCCUGGGCAUGUACCUGUGCAUGCACAUCUGCUUUGCUGCCAUCAGCUCUAAGGUCCAUGUGAGAGUACACGCACCGUUCUGUGUCUCACUGCCCUUCAGGGUCCAUGUCCCCCUGAGCUUGGGCAUCAAAGUGGGGCUGCAGGGCCAGAAGCAAGGGAGGGCCACUGGGGAGGCAAGUACACCUCAGAGGGAGAGAUUGGGGAAGCAGAAACCCCAGACGUCCAGGAGCCCCAAGCCCACCAGGAGAAGGGAGGUGUCACGGAGCAGGAGAGAGCUCAGUCCAGGUGGGUAAGGGAAGGGGCUGUUCUGUGCCCAUUGGACUUGUCCCCAGCCUCAGGUGCUAGUGGCCUCUUCCUGCAGCCAGCCCAGGCUUGGAGCCUGGGUCUCCUCCUGCACAGCCAAGCCUGUGUGGGGGCCCCUCCCCUCCCUCACUGGGUACUGGCACCUCCUUCCUAGGCUGAGUGGUCUCUGGGGAAGGCACAGGUGGAUGACGGGCAGAUUUAAAUCCUUGCCCUCUGCCCUCUUCGAAUAGGGCCAUUCAUCCGGGAGGCUUUCUCCUCCUCUGCCCUUGCCUCUCUCAUACCUGCCUCCCUCUGUGUUUAUCCCUUUCCUGGCAGCAGCUCCCUCCCUCCCCUUUCGUCUCCUGCCCUUCCGGCUGGGCUGUUUCUCUUCUGGCUUCUCCAGGUGUUCCUCUUUUCUCGGUCACUGUGGGGUCUGCCCAGGGACUCCCUCGGCCCGGGCUGCCUCUUUUCCUACCCAGCCCCCUGUCCGAGUGUGCCAGGUAUGCCUGGCCAUGCUCUGCUCACCCCCGCACUCUCCCUGCAGU